GCCUGUCCCCGCUACCGUAGGACGAGAUGCUGGCCCGCUUCGUGGUGGGCAGCCACGUGCGUCACCACCCCAGCAACAAGGAGGACGGGGGGAUGGUCAACGGCAGCACCCCAGAGCCCGCCAUGCCCAACACGUACGGCGUGGAGCCGCUGCCCCAGGAGGUACUCAAGAAGUACAUCAUCUACGCCAAGGAGAAGGUGCACCCCAAGCUCAACCAGAUGGACCAGGACAAGGUGGCCAAGAUGUACAGCGACCUGAGGAAGGAGUCCAUGGCCACGGGCAGCAUCCCCAUCACCGUGCGGCACAUCGAGUCCAUGAUCCGCAUGGCCGAGGCCCACGCGCGCAUCCACCUGCGGAACUACGUGAUCGAGGACGACGUCAAUAUGGCCAUCCGCGUGAUGCUGGAGAGCUUCAUCGACACGCAGAAGUUCAGCGUCAUGCGCAGCAUGAGGAAGACCUUUGCCCGCUAUCUUUCCUUCCGGCGCGACAACAACGAGCUGCUGCUCUUCAUAUUGAAGCAGUUGGUGGCAGAGCAGGUGACGUAUCAGCGUAACCGCUUUGGAGCCCAGCAGGACACGAUCGAAGUGCCCGAGAAGGACUUGGUGGACAAGGCUCGGCAGAUCAACAUCCACAACCUCUCUGCCUUCUACGACAGUGACCUUUUCAGGAUGAACAAGUUCAGCCUCGACGUGAAGCGGAAAUUGAUCUUGCAGCAAUUCUGAGGUCACCCGGGGGCCACCCGGAGGGGACUCCCCGAUGACACCGUAUUCGGGGGAAAUCAGACCCAGCGCUCAGUCACUUUGUGCUUUGUGGACGUGAAACCCAAACUCCUGGGAGACUCGGGGUUAGGGUUACGGUUGGCAGAGGGAUGUCUAGCGUCACCGGUAGUAUUUAUUUUUCUGGCCUCACUUUUUUGCUUCAGGAACACUUUUCGGAGGGGUGGGGGGUACCAGGGAUUGAACUCGGGGAGCCCUCGACCACUCAGUGACAUCCCCAACCCUGUUUGGUACUUUAUUUAGAGGUGGUCACAGUUGCUUGGUGUCUUUUGCUGAGGCUGGCCUCCACCUUGAGAUCCUCCUGCCUCAGCCUCCCAAGUCGCUGAGAUACUGGGCAUGCGCCACGGCACCUGUCAGACCUUUCAAGUGGACGCUUUUGACUGCUUAGGUUCCUACCCGUGGUACCUCCUGUCUGCAAAUGUUUUUCUGGAUUUCUGUCCUGUUGUAGAAAGACUCACAGCUCCUGCUUGAGUGCUUGUGAUUCCUGUGAUAGUGUGGCUUCGGUCCCCCGACUGGGGGACGUAAGGAAUGUACCACGGGGCACGUGGAUUAUUCACCACUUUUACUCCUAUAUUAAUUAAUAGGAUUCUCGUCCCGGGUUAUUUCUUGCAUUGCUUUGUACAUAGUUUUUUCUUUCUGUAGUUCAGAUUUUUAAUAAAGUUGAAUAAAAUCGAAACCUUGGUA